GCGUCGACGGGCCCGAAGAGUUGUGUGGCGGCGCGCUCUUCGAAAUUUCCGCGCGUAUUUUCGCUACGACGGAUCGCUUGUUGGUGCGACGAAAGUGAACAAAUAUUGCACAUCGCAUUCGUUAGUUUUUUUUUUGGUGAAAUGGGAACUUUUUCGAGAAGAGUUUGUAGAACUUUCCUUGAUGCUGAACGUUAUAAUGAAGUCAGUUUAAUUGAAUAAAGGUUUAGAUACCGCGUGAACGAUGGCAGGCUCCUCCGCAGUGCCCGAUGUGAGGAACACCGGCUAUUUCUUGGAGUUCCUUCUGAAAAACAACAACGAAUUUCAUCAAGCGAGUCACGACGUCAUAACCACGAUUUCGCCAUUAUUUUUACGACCGGCAGACGACUCAAACCACAGUUCAUGGUGGACAUCAGCAAACGUCAAUGCAUCCAGACCUCUCAAAAGAGAAUUAAAUUCCUUCUACUUUUAUAAGGCCGAGCAGUUCACGGUGCUUUGGGUACUUUUCACCAUGAUUGUGCUGGGCAAUUCUGCGGUCCUAAUCGCACUUUUCGUCAGCAAAAGUCGAAAAUCUCGCAUGAAUUUCUUCAUCAAACAACUCGCUAUAGCAGAUCUUUCAGUGGGCCUGAUAAACGUUUCAACGGACAUCGCUUGGAGGAUAACGGUGGCUUGGCAUGCUGGAAAUGUACUUUGCAAACUGAUUCGCUUCCUGCAAGCGGUAGUAACUUAUUCAUCUACCUACGUACUUGUUGCAUUAUCCAUUGACAGAUACGACGCUAUCACGCACCCUAUGAACUUCUCCGGUAGCUGGAAACGAGCCAGACUGUUGGUGAUAUUGGCGUGGAUGGUUAGCAUAUUGUUUUCACUACCAACGAUUUUUCUGUUCGAAGAAAAACCCAUCGAAGAUAUCCCGCAAUGUUGGAUAGACCUGCUGCAAUGGCAAUGGAAAGUUUACAUGACGCUGGUGGCUUUAGCACUGUUUGUGAUUCCCGCUUUGAUUAUUAGCGCCUGUUAUGCCGUUAUAGUUUGGACUAUAUGGACGAAGAGCAAAUUGCUCAUUCCCAUGGGCCACAUACCGAUUCGACAAAGUGAAGACCACAGGGACAUUCCUCCGCGAAUAUUCCACGACGACCACGAUUGCCGCCGGGCAAGUUCCAGAGGUAUAAUUCCACGUGCCAAAAUAAAGACUGUCAAAAUGACGUUCGUCAUCGUAUUCGUAUUUGUUGUUUGUUGGAGCCCCUACAUAAUAUUCGAUUUGCUUCAAGUAUACGGACACAUUCCCAAAACCCAGACGAAUAUUGCUAUAGCGACACUCAUUCAGAGUUUAGCACCCUUGAAUUCGGCCGCCAAUCCAGUCAUCUAUUGUCUCUUUUCGACGCACGUAUGCGGCAAUUUGAGAUGCAGCAAAAUACUAAAACAUUUAAACUUCGAUCCGUGUAGACACAUUCCUCCGUUCACUUGGUUAUCGAAUUGCCUGUCUAUGUGCAUGCCGGCGACGUCCUGCUUGGGCCACGAUAUUUCCACCACCACGGGCACCGUCACCACCACCAUGACCAAUUCCUCCAGGAGGUCCACCUCGGCCACGUCGCUGCGGCACACGAUCAGGCUGCAGCCGGCCCUGCACAACGGCCACAAAGUCGCCAUUUCCGUUGUCUAGUCAAAUUGAAAUGAUUUUGUCCAUGUAUUCGAAAUAAAAUUCGGAUUUUCCGUUUGCGUAUUGAAAUGAUGUACUCACACAGGGCGUUUUAUUGCUACAAAAAUUUAUUGUUGUAAUUCGUUUGAGCUCGGAUUGACGACCAAGUAAGAUAUAUUUACAUGUUAUAAAACUGUAUAGGUAGAGGUCAUGAAAGAGCUACAUAACUAAUAGAUUUGGGUUAUUCAGGACAUACUUAGCGAAGUUUGUAUAAAUAGCGAUGAAACGCCCUAUAGAUGCAUCGGAAAAGUGAUUUCUGUAAUUAGGUAUAAAGUAAAUGUUUGUUAAAUUUUUUGAUUCGAAAUAGGAACUUCCAGUUCACAUUGUUAAUGGUGUAGUUAAGUUUCAACAAUCGAAACAUGUUCGGAGAAAAUUAUUUAUUGAAGUGGUGCACAAUACGUUGUCGACUCUCCAAUAAAUCGAUUUUUCAGUCUAAUUUACAGUCAAUAUCAAUCAUAGUGCACUGCAGUAGUCGUACUCACAGUAAAUACGGGUUAAUUAGUUGUUCGUCACCUGCUUUAUUUAUUUUAUUCAUUGCUCUACAAGUAAGUUUUCGUUGAAGAAAAUUACAAACCGAUGAAGUGUAUAUUAUAUUAGAAAGUUUUUGUAAAGUUUUAGUCGAAAUACCUACAUACAUAUAUGUUGUACAUUGCAAGAAAAAUUAUUGUAUUAUUGUAAUACUGUAAUAAAAAAUGCUGUUACCG